CUGUUCCAAGCUCCUUGCAGCAAGCAGCUGAUCCGAGUUAACCAUUAGCCAAAAGUAAUCUUGCUUUUCCAUUUCCCGAGAGAGCUCAGUUCGUGUCUGCACUCCAGUCCAGUGUUUGUUUGAGCAGCAGCCAUGGCCUCCAACCAGGACAAGGCAAGCUACCGCGCCGGCGAGGCCAAGGCCCACACCGAGGAGAAGGCCGGACAGGUGACCGGCGCGGCCAAGGACGAGGCGUGCGACGCCAAGGACCGGGCGUCGGGCGCGGCGGGGCAAGCGACGGGGAAGGGGCAGGGCGCCGUGGAGGCCACGAAGCAGAAGGCCGGCGAGGCGGGGCAGAAGACGUCCGAGACGGCGCAGGCCGGCAAGGACCGGGCCGCCGAGGGCAAGGACCGGACCGGCAGCUACCUCGGCCACGCGACCGAGGGGACCAAGCAGAAGGCCUCCGAGGCGACGGGGUACACGCAGGACAGGGCUUCCGACGCGGCGCAGUACACCAAGGACUCCGCCGUCGCCGGCAAGGACAAGACCGGCAGCGUCCUCAGCCAGGCCGGCGAGCAGGUGAAGAACGCGGUGGUCGGCGCGAAAGACGCGGUGGCGAGCACGCUGGGGAUGGGGGGAGACAACACCUCCAGCGCAACCAAGGACGCGAGCACCACCGAGACCAUCACCAAGAGCCGUCACUAGAUUAUACCUGUCGCGGUUGCAUAAUGCUUUCUUUCCUUCAGUUCCCCUCGAGCUCCACAUUCCUGUGGUGUGUCCGAGUCUCUAUGUCGAGGUCGGGCGAGAAUGUCUGACUGACGAGAGAUGUAUCUUGGUGUUCAGAGUUCUCGUUUUAAGUUCCACAAUGGUGUAAUAAUAACAAUAAUAAUAAAGUACUGCGUACCGUAAGUAAUUUCGUCCUUAA